CCAGAGCGCAAACCACACAGUCCACAAUGACUUCCAUAAACUUGCUCUCCCUCCUCACCCUCACCCCCCUCCUUGCCAGCGCAUUCGCCCCCGCCGCUCGCCCAUCAUUACUACGAAGGGACGACGGCGUGACGCCACUCAGCUUCCAGGCUGCAGGCGAUACCGGCGUCUCGUCCCAGCAGAUGUUUUUGGGGAACGACAAGAAGGCGUAUGUCAUCGACAAGACGGAAAACAACCCCGUGACGAUCGACGGCGAGUAUGGGUCGCAUCCCGCUUGGGCCACCGAGUAUGAUAUCGAGACGAACGAGUACCGGGCGAUGGACGUCUACUCGAAUACAUUCUGUGCGGGUGGCAAUGUGAUGGGGAACGGAACCUGGGUCAUCUUUGGCGGUAACCAGCCCGUAACGACAAACGGUACAGCCGUCACCGACGCCGGCGUCUACGACGACAACGACGGCGGUUCCGCCAUCCGCAUGAUCACCCCCUGCACCGACGAGCAAUGCGAGUACAUCCAAGGCGCCCAGUCUUACAACAAGUCGGAGGGCACCGGCGGAUGGCUGCAGAUGACAGGCAAGAGAUGGUACCCCACCGUCGAGGCCCUGCCGGACGGAACGCUGAUCAUCAUCGGCGGCGACAAGAACGGCGGCUACGUCAACACCGCAGCGCAAGACAACCCCACCUACGAGUUCUUCCCUCCCCAGGACGGCGACCCCGUCGACCUCCAGUUCCUCUCCGACACCCUGCCUUUGAACCUGUUCCCCCUCGUGUGGCUCAUGCCCUCGGGCAAGCUCUUCAUGCAGGCGUACAACACCACCAUCUUGUACGACUACAAGACCAAGGAGACGACCAACCUGCCCACCAUGCCCUACGCCGUGCGCGUCUACCCCGCGUCGGCGGCUACCGUCAUGCUCCCCCUCACCCCGGCCAACAACUACACCGCCACCCUCCUCUUCUGCGGUGGAUCCAACACCACCCAGUGGGGUAACGACGGUACCGCCGGGUACAAUGUCACUGCCGUCCCUGCCGACCAGACGUGUGUCCGCAUCAGCCCCGAGGACGACGACCCGCAGUAUGAGGACGAGGAUAACAUGCCCGAGGGCAGGAGUAUGGGGCAGUUUGUGUUGUUGCCGGAUGGGACAAUGUGGAUGGGUAACGGUGUCGCCAUGGGAACUGCUGGUUACGGAAACGAGGGUUAUUCUCUCGGUCAAUCCUACGGCCAAGACCCCGUCUACAUGCCCGCCGUCUACAACGCCUCCGCCCCCUCUGGCCAACGCUGGAACCGCACCGGCCUUUCUGCUUCAGAGAACGAACGCAUGUACCACUCCACCGCCAUCCUCCUCCCCGACUCGUCCAUCCUCAUCGCAGGCUCCAACCCCAACAAGGACUACACCGACCUCCAAUGGCGCACCCGGACCGACUCUGAAAAGUGGUACCCCUGGUACUACAACGAAGAGCGUCCCGCCCCCUCGGGCCUGCCUGCCAACUUGACGUAUGGCGGCGACCCGUUCAAUGUGACGUUGGCGGGCACGGACGAGGCGGCUGCGCAGAAUACCAAGGCGGUGAUUAUCAGGGGCGGGUUCAACACCCACGGCAUGGGUUUCGGCCAGCGCAUGCUCGAGCUCGAGACGUCGUACACGGUCGACAAGAGUACAGGCAACACCACCAUCCACGUCUCGCAGCUCCCCGGCGACCCUGGACCGACCAUCUUCCAGCCCGGGCCGGCUAUGAUCUUUAUCGUCGUUAACGGUGUUCCUUCCACUGGCGAGUUUUUGAUGGUCGGUAACGGUCAACUCGGCGACCAAACGACAACCACCAACGCCGCCCUCCCCUCCUCCACCGUCCUCGCCGUCUCCGCCUCCGCCUCUGCCUCCGGCACCGACGCCGACUCGUCAUCCGCCGCUACGGGCGGUUCGUCCAACAACUCUACUUCGGGCGCUGCUGCCAGUGUUCGGUCGGUGGCUGUGGGGGUGAUGGGGUCGAUGGGCGUUGUGGGGUUGAGUGCUUUGGUUUUGCUUUUAUAAGCGCUGAACCUUGACGCUUGGCUUGGCAUGGAUAAGAGAGGAGAGAGGAGAAAAGGGAGAAAAAGAGCAGUUUAUAGAAUCUACAUUUCAACGACAAAACUCAACCUUCGCAUUGUUCACACCCCACCCACCCCACCCCGAUUAACGACAAAACCCCCUCGCAUUGUUUAUCUUGUCAAUCUUUUUUCAAAACGGACAUUGAGUUGUUUAAUCCUUCUUUCCAACCCUUCUUUCUUUUCAUCUGUGCUAUACACCUUUAACAAGUAUAUAUAUUACCUCUUCUUAUCAUCAGAACUGUAUCGUAUCCUACCAUUCCAUUCACCCAUUCCACCCCUUUUUUACCUUUUUACCUUUUAUAUAUAUAUAUACGGCUAUAGCACUAGGGCGAAGGAGAAGGAGAAGGAGGGAAAAAGGAGAAAAACAACGAAAAAACAAAGAAUGGACACUUUUCUUUCUUAAUGCGACGACUUUUCCCCACCUUUUGUUCGUGGUCUUACUUUAUCUACAUUUAUCAUGAAAUGAUGGACUCUUGUUUAUGGCCUCUUCUUACUUUUAUUGCAUCGUUUUCUAGUCUCGUAGUAUCAUGUCUUGUUUCAUAGCAUUUUGUUCUGAUUCCGAGUGUUCUCUGACUCUUGUUUCUGAUCUAAGAUCUCUUGAUAAGUUGAUGAUGAAAUGAACAAACAAUACUUUGUGUGCUAUCCCAUGUUCUGGCCCUUGGUAAAGUAGAGUUGCAAAGUGGCAGAGGUGAGAUGACUUGGUUUUGGGAAAGAUGUGGCAAGAG